AUGUUGAAGCAGGUACACCUAGCGGGGGCUCAGAUUGAGUGGAUGAGCAUUUUCUCUGGUUCGGCCCAGAUCCCUGCGCCGCAGCUCGCUAUCGACGGCCCGAUACCCGCUGCGCAUACAGCAUACAGUAGGAGGAUCCGCCGAUUAUCAUCUGAAGAAGUCGUUCAGCAUCUCUUCUAUGCCCAGCGUGCAAAGUCUUUCUGGUCGAGAACCAUUCGAGAGGGCAGGUGUGGAGCGAUGCGUUGUAAAAAGCCGCUGUUUCGCCCAACCUCCUCCCUUCUCUCCUCUGCAUUUUCCGUUUCUGUUAUUUCCUUUUUCACUUCCCCAUCUUCAGGGCUCGGUGCGCUCGGAAGUGAAAUCUCUAGCCAAAAGCUUUGGCCACGGUAUCGCCGACCCCCCUCCCCACUCUCACGCGCCUUGCCCAUGUCCUAUGGGGCCAACGAACCUGGAUGUAUCAACCGUCGAAAAAGCAAGGGCGCCUGA